UGCACAGUUACUCUGCAUCAGUGCAAGAUGUCACAUACCUUUAAUCGAAAUGAAAAUGUUUGCCUGGGUGAAGAGCAAUUUCAAAAGUUCUGUAAAUUGUUUAUUAAGCAUUCGGAUGAAAUUGACAAUGGCUGGGAGUGGAGGCAGAAGGAGCUCAAUGAGGGAUACAUGGUUAAAGUGCACUUGAGAUCUAAAAAAUCCAUAAACAGCUUAGUUGUGGGGGAUCAUUGCUUUCAAGAUCUUCAGGGUCACGAAGUAGAUGAUAAGAAAGAGGUUGAUAUGAAGAAUGUUAACAGUGACAUUGAGGAAGCCCAGGUCACAACAUCUGAACUAAUUCGAUACGAGUACCAUGUUUUGUACUCCAGUAGUUACCAGGCACCUGUACUGUAUUUCAGAGCUUGUUAUUCAGAUGGAAAACCACUUACAUUGGAAGAAAUUUGGGAGAAUGUGCAUGAAUGUUACAAAGAGCGACUUUUUCAAGGACCUUGGGAUACUAUUACGCAACAGGAGCAUCAUUUACUUGGCCAACCAUUUUUUGUUCUCCAUCCUUGUCGAACAUCUGAAUUAAUGACUCCAAUAAUGGGUGCCACACAGGAGCAGAGGAAUGUAAAUUACAUCACAAGCUGGCUGAGCAUGAUGGGGCCAGUAGUGGGACUCGAUGUACCGUUGAGCUAUGCCACAGCUGUAUCACAGGGCAUUUUUGACCCAAAUUGAAAAAAGGAAUGUUUGGAGUGGAUAAAUAAGAAAAUCCAGUUGCUGUUUAUUGCAGAGAACACUGAAUUCUGAGAAGAAGAGCAACAAUCGUCAUCCAAAAUCAAAUCAACAACUUCUUACUGGCACUGUCAAAGCUUUGUUCUCUGUAUUUACGGCUAAAGAUAUGCCACUCAGUAAUUAGUUUGUGCUAUUAAAGAAGACUUAUCUUUGAUCUGCAAUACAAUAUUGUUUUAAUAGUUGGCAAAAGAAUCUAUGUUCUCUGAACUUUAAGAUAUGUUGUUUAAACACUGGAUGUGAAACCUAAUGUGGUUGUGUAUGCUGAAGUGCAGUAGAAUGUACUUAACGCCAAAAGAAAGGCACACAUUUUCUUUAGAAAUCUUGAGCUGCAAUGAAAUGAAAUUAAAACUGAAAAUAAAUUAGAUCAUCCUGUGAAGGGGAAAAGCAACAUUUUUUUUUAAAAUGUUAAUAACAUGCUGUAUUUGUUGAAUGACACCAAGGAGUUCCCAUAAAACCUUCUUCUUGCUUGAAAUAUCUGUCACGAAGAUUCAAACACAUGGAUUGAUGUAUUUUGUUUUGAACAUAUAGUUUACAUUUUCUUAAUUUUUUUGCAAGUGUCACACUGCUUGCAAGUUGAGCCUAAUGUUGUCACACAUUGUGCAAAAGAAAUAAGUGAAAAUAAGGUACUAUAGAAGCUGUGACUGACUAGCACAAAUGAAAAUACAUUGGAGCCCUCUUCAGGUCAACUUACGUUACCUCUAGAAAUAGCUAUAGUUUGCAAUUUAAAAAGAAAUAAAUCAUGUUUAAUAGCAUAAAUAAACGUGUUUAAUUCUGCAGUAUUCUAGGACAAUUUUCUUCAUGUGUUUGUACUCACUGACUUAUUUUACUUCCCAAUGUUUAAUAUGUUUUUUUGGA